GGUAAGCGUCCUCUCUCAGUCCCAAGGCUCUCUGUGCAGUUACAUCCAUCGAAAUUAGGACCAGGCUGGUGAUUUCUCCACCUCUCCCCAUCACCAGCUCUCCCAGGCAUGCAAGAACUCUCCUCUGCCAAGCUGGAAACACAUUUCCUCUCCAUUGCAUUAUAAUUUCUAAGACCCUGGUGCCAGUUUGGGGGCUGGAGGGAUGGAGCUGCUGUUGAGGGGGCAGGGAAUCACCAUGAUCUCCCUAAUUUCCCCCCCUCCAGGCUUGUCCCCAGCCCACGGGAGCCUCUUAGAGCUGCACCAGAUGAUCUCAGAAGUGACAGGGAAAAAUGCUCUUCUGUAUUACGGCUUCUACGGCUGCUACUGCGGUCUGGGGGGCAAGGGGCAGCCCAAGGAUGCCACAGACAGAUGCUGCCAGCUGCAUGAUACUUGCUAUGAAAACCUCCUGAAGCACCACUGCAAUGCCAAGACACGCCUCUACUGCUACAACUGGCACUAUGGCAGGCUCUCCUGCAGUCAGGGCUCCCGGUGCGCCUUCUUGUCCUGUGAGUGCGACCGCAGCCUGGCGCUGUGCCUGAGGAGAAACGCCAGGAGCUACAAGAAACUCUACCAGUUCUACCCCAACAAGCUGUGCCGAUGAUGGGAGCUGCGAUGAGGAACCGGAGCAUGCGCGGGUCGGCGCCGGGAUCGCCCUUCAUCCCUGCUGACCACACCAGAGCCGCUGUAAACUAAAUCAACGCGGAAAUAAACAAUGUUCCUGCUCAACGUCCCCGGUCCUCUGAGAGCUGCUGCUGGGCAGGGAGAGAAAUCCCCGUAAAUAGUCAACGUCUUCCCAAAACUUUCCAAGAACUCGGUCUCGGCCCCUGCGUCACUCGAGGCUGCAGAUCGCGGGGAGAGGGGGGCUGGCCGGGGGAUGGGGGCGUAGCACUCUGUGGGUUUGGGACAGACGAGUCAUUUUGGAGCUUCCAGUUGGAGCUCGCGGGCUGGACACGGAGGGCAGGCUCUCCCCGGGAGGACAGACUGACAGCGAGCAAGAUCCCUGGCCCAGGUCAGAGGAAGAUGAAGGUCCUGCUGGUGCUGACGAUGCUGUUUGUCUGCAGUGUGUUCACAGCGCACGGGAAGCACCCACGCACGUUCACACCGGGACUCGAGGGAAGCACCGUAGGAAACCUGACUGCCCAUGGAUGCUACAGGGGAUGGGGCACCUCGAGGGCUUCAGUGGAUCGGUGCUGCCUGCUCCGAGCCUGCUGCUAUGCCAAGCUGGCAGCGCGGCGGUGCCGCGUGGGACCCGUCCAGCCCCUCUCUGCGCCGCGGGCAGGGAUCCCCACCUGCAGCUCGGGGACGCGGUGCCAGCGAGGCGCCUGCAGGUGCGAGCGGGCGGCGCGGCUGUGCCGGGCUCAGCUCGGCCGGGCUCAGCUCCGCCGCCGCGCCAGGUGCCAGGGACGAGCCGGGCGCUGCUGAAGCAAAAACUCCCUUUGCGAAACCAUCUCCGGGCUGAUCGGUGAAGGGACGGCGCCGGCAGCGCUUCCCAGCCCGAGUCUCCUCCUCGGGGCCUUUUGGCUUCGAGGCGAGGACAAGAACCCUCCGGUCAAGUCGCGUCACGGCAUGCGAGGAGGGGGAGCAGCGCUGACCUGAUGUCCAGCAUAGCAAAGCAAGGGAGGAGUGGACACCUGCCCCUUGUCCCGAUGAGGGGCGAGAUGGGAAGUGUUCCCCUCGGCAGCCUGUCCGCUCCCUCCGCCUCCUGCUUCACAGCAAAUUCCCUCCUGUUGCUCCAAAAUAAAACCAGAGAGCCCAAAGCACCGGUUGCCAGCGUGCAGUGACUCAGCUGAGCCCAGCGACCACCCCUCACCUCUCAGACAGGUUUCCUGUUGAAGUACUCAGCAAAAAUGACACUUGAGAGGUGACACAGCUCACCCUGAACUGCCCCAACUUAGCUCUAAACCUUCAGGCUCUGAAAAUAUCCAGUUUUUCUGAGAGAUGGAGAAGUGAGGCUGGUGCAGGGGCUGGGGGCAGGCAUGAUGGUGUGGGAGGGCCAGGCUUGGACUUCCAUGAUCCUUGUGGGUCCCUUCCAGCUCGGUAUAUUCUGUGAUCCCCUAAAUCUCUGCUGUGACAGCACAGCCUGGAGCUUGCCUCACACCCAGUGCUGAGCAAAACAGAGUUCUCACCAGAAAAGAAUGUUUUGGCCCAGUUCUGCAACAACCCUGAGCACAUUCCUUAGGAAAAGGCAGCUCAGGCAGCAGCUGCUUCCCCCACUUCAGCAUCCCCAGGUUUUGUGCCUUGGGGUGUUGACCCUGGCAGGUCUCCGGGCUCCAAAGCGCCUUAUGGGGGGCUCAGCAAUGAAAUAAAGCCACAGAAAAAGCAACAAAACACUGUUUCCUCGGGGGCUGAUGCCCAGCUGGAAUUCCCCAUAGCUGAAAUCAAUGGCACCAGGAAAUAGCCCUGAAAUCAGUGAUGCUUCUGCCAGCUGUCACCCAGGAACCAGGGAAUCACCCGUGUGGAACCCUGGGGGAGAUGAGGAAGGAGCCCUUCACCCAGCAGCUGAUAAUUGCAGGGCAUAAAUCAAGGAUCAAAUCCUCACCGAGACGAUGGAUAUCCCAGACGGAUUGCAGGCUGGGAUAAACUGAAUCACGCUCUCCCUUUGUAAAUUCUGGGUGAAUUUUAACCAUCCAUGAAUUUUCCUGCUUGGACAUCCGGCUGUACAAAUCCAUUCAUACAAGUCCUCCAAAUGCUGAUGUUUUGGCUCAGAUGCUGCACCCCCUCGGAGCAUUGCAAUAAACUGGACUGCAACA